CUCAUGUACCAACAUCAGGUUCCAAAAGUAGUCGAGUUUUGUUCAUGGACUUAGAUGGUGAAGUGUUAUUUGUAUCUGCUUUUUUGCGAUGAUUACCGCGUUUAAAUCGAACUUUCGGCCUAUUUGUUUUUCGUCCUAUACAAUAUCAUAUUUUUGAGCCGUGUGCCUUUUAAUACAAUAAGACAUUUUUUAUGUGGACCGAGGUACCGUUGCAAAGAAUCAGUGGAAAUUACUGUGUUUAUAAAGUGCUGUAACAUUUACUUUGGCUCAUUUUUACCUAACAGGAGUUAAAAUAAUAAGCAUGACAUUUUGAGGGAAUAAAUAUGGACAAUCACGACUAUGAGAGAGACGGCCAUGAAAAAAGGAAUCUGAAUACUGAAUACGUCCCAACAAAAUGCAGAGUAACGAGGCCUCCUCCACCAAAACCCGCUACAAAUCCACUACAAUUCAUCAAAGUGAAUCCAUGUCCACUAUUCCAAAAAGCCCACGAACAAAUCAAGAAAGUUGAAGAAAUCAAAAAAGAAAGGAAGGAGAUUCGAGAUGAAACUGAAGACUGGCAACAGAACCUCGACAACUGGAAGAGUAGCCGAAGAAAAAGACAAGAACAUAUCAUAGAGCGAGUGGUCGAAGUGAAGAAAUUGACUGAGCAAGAAGAACUAGAUAAGUCGCGAAGAAAGAGCAAGACGUUUAGUGAAAUGCUAGAAGAAAGGAAUCAGAAAGGUAGACCCAAAUUCACUAUACCUAUUUAUAACGAUGAAGAUUCAAACGAUCUAAGCGAUUAUGGUAUCGGAAGUAGUAGCUCCAAAACAAAUAGUAUAAAGGAUGCUGAUACUGAUGACAGCAACAGUAUUUUGGACGAGAAGGAACAUCGUAAUCUCGACUCUCCAUCUUCUAAAGAUAUAUCCAUGCCUUCCAAUCUAAGUCAUAGCGAAAACGAAACUAUUAAAGACAAUAAUACAUUUUCGUCGUAUCUUAACAACAAUAUUCCAUCACCCAAAAAUACAAAUCUAAUCAAACAAAAGCCAGCAAUACCUCCGAAGAGAAUCUUGACUAUACCCGAUAACAAGAACAAUGAAGAUAAUUCGAACAAGGAAUCGUAUGAACAUUACACUUACGACGGUGCUAUUCAAGAGUAUCGAAACAGAAUUCAGAGCAGAAUUAAGGUGAGCGACGCGGUCUUCGACAGGCACAGAGAACUAAGUAGGUCCAAGGAAUACUCUGAAGCACAAAGUGCGCUUCCCAAAGGAGAAAUUUCAAAAAGAAAGGGCUUGUUCGAGACUUCUAAGUCUGUAGAGUUCUCCGAAAUAGAAACAGCUUCCUCCAGAAGACUAUCUGAAGAUUUUGCUAAUGCCAGAAGUAUCAAGGACCGUUUAAAGAGCCUUGUAAAUAAUUCCGAUCAGUCUGCAACAAGAGUCGACAAGGACGAGAUCCAAGUGUCGGUGAAACAGCGACUGGCUAGCUUCAACAGGCCUAACGAAAUAGAUAUGAGUAGCAUAGAGAAACCAAAGCCAAGUAAAAUUAGCAACUAUCUUCUGGAUAAAUCGAGUAGCGUACCCGUUAUCGAAAUUAGAAAACCUGUUCCAUCUUGGAAAACCGAAAGAUGUUCUAGUCCCGAAACAGAGAUGUACAUGAACAAACUCAAUAUGUUUAAUCGCGAUUUAGACAAUCUGAUGGGUGGAAAAUCUAUCGAGGAUAACCUUGAUGAUUACUGUAGCUCAAAUUCUAACUACCCUCCCUCAACGUCAUCCGUUGAACUUGCUGGUGUUCUUUCUGAUAGAGAAGACAGUGGUAUUCAUACUGCUGACGUAUCAUGUUCAGUCAGUCAAGCUGAUGAACCUAUUGAUACGGAUAGUGACACGAUACCAAACUGUAUAGAGAAAUUAAAGAAAACUGAAGAACUAAGGAAUCAAAUUAUCAGUGAAGAAACUUGUACUGAACUUCAAGGGGUUGAUGUUGCGGAAAAGGCUGGAUAUUCUCGAGAAGAAAUUAUUGAUACAACUAAAAAGUUUUUGGAUGAUUUAAUAAGAGAUGCAACGGAAAAUAUUUCUGCACAAUUAGUCAGUGAAUCCGCAGAAGAAAAUGAAGUCCAUGAGAGGCAUGUCCCUAAAGAAAUUCAACAAGUAGCGGUAGAAUCUCAAGUCUCCACGGAGCCAGUUCCUCCUGAGCCUGCAAAACGGCCUUCAAGACCAGCUAUUUAUGAAAAUAUUGAACUGAAAACACCACCUAACACGUUAGCGCUAGACUUUAUAACUGCCGAUUUUGCAUUAUCUCCGUCCAAACUAGAACCACCAAAGGAAAAACCUCCACCACCACCACCACAGGAAGAUGAUGAUGGAAUACCAACAAGACCAGUAAGGAGGCUGAACUCCACUAAAAGAAUCAAAAAGGAGAUCCACAGCAAGCGGUCCAGUUUUCUGGGCAUAGAAGAUUCAACUGUUGAGCUUGAUCUAGACCAAAUCGUACAGAAACCGCCCGACAUAAGCGCCUUUUUGCAAAAGGAGCAGAAACUGGAAAAAUCGAUGUACAGGAAGAUGCAGGAUGAAACAAGAAGUGGGUUAUUAAGUAAAGUCGAGAGUCAAGAUUCUGGAUUGGAUAUCGACAGAGGAAGAUUAUCCAGUGACACUUGGUGUAGUAGUACUCCAAGUCACGAAAGACAAGAUAGUGAACACACAAAUAGUAUUACAUCGGAGGAAGAUGAAAUUACAAAAAAGGAACGCGAGAUUAUUGAGAUGGUUGAAAAGGAGGAAAAGUCUAGAGACAAAAACGAUUAUAUCCCUACUCCAAAACCGGCCAUUACUUCUCCUCUAAGAGAAAAUGGAAGUAACUUUGAGCCUACAUUAGGCAACGAGCAAUUCAAUAACCCGUAUUUUCCUCAGACUCCAGACUAUUUAGAUGAUCAAGAUUCUGAAGUUCUUAAGGUCGAGCACGAAUUAAGGCAGUUGGAACGCGAGGAGUUGCAAAGACAACGCGAAAAUUUACUAUUUAGGGAAAGUCGGAACAGAGCUCGCCUUCAAGCUAACAGACACUCUUUAGAAAACAUUUGCGACGAUAUAUACCCUUCGUACAACAGCGACUACAGAAAGUCGAUGCCUGAACUUCAACACGUCAAUGUAGAAUACAGAAAAUCAAUCAGUGAUGUACCUUCAGCUUAUUACGAAAAUUCUGAUCAACUACCCUACAGACAGUCAAUGCCAGAUAUACAACACGCUUAUCAGUCAACAGGGUUUGUAAGCAACAAUCUGCUUGCGAUAGAUCACAGGAAAUCUAUGCCAGAUCUGCAACAGGAAUCAAAAAGGUCAGCAUUUAUUGCUCCCCAGCCUAUGGCAAGAACUAACGUUCCUAAACCUGCCAGACCGAUCCAGGCUCCCAAACCAAGGAUUUUAACCAAACCAAGUUUGAAAGCUCUGAGUGCUGUACCUCGUAGCAGACAUACGGAUAACUGGAUAACCCCUAAAGCCAAUCCUGAAGUGAAAAGCUACAACAAGCAUUGGGUUUUUCAGGAAGCUGAGUUAAGGCGAAUAACGGAUCAACAACAAAAAGCUGCAUCUACCAGAAACAGUUGGCAGCAGAGACAAGACAAGCCCUUGCCUGAUGCUAUCAUUAACACCAUCACGCAAAGGGUGCAAAAUAGGAACAGCCUUAACGAAAGAAAUCAGCCCUUGAAAAGUAGACCCGAAAUAGCUGUCCACAAGGAUUUCAACCAUCACUCUUCAUACUCCAACCACUUGUUGCCAUCAGUUCCAUUUUCACAGCCAGCUACAGAUGAGAAUCUUCAAGAUAGAAUGCUCAGUGUUAGUGGCAAAAAGAAAUGUUCGUAUUGCAGCAAUGAACUGGGUAGAGGAGCAGCGAUGAUAAUAGAGAGCUUAUGUCUGUUCUAUCAUAUGGAAUGUUUCAAAUGUUGCGUUUGUCACAUUCAGUUAGGUGAUGGUCGUAUGGGAACAGAUGUAAGAGUCCGUAACCAGAAACUUCACUGCCACAAUUGUUAUUCUAGUGACGAUGGUGUUAAAUUUAGUUGUGUUUAGAAAUGAAUUGAGCUGAUUUAGUCUUUUAAGAUAUUCAAAGACACUUUUCUUUUUCUGUGGGGAAAAUAGGUUUUGUAACAUUUAUAUAGGAUACUACAUUUAUAUAGUAACUAAUUAUCUUGUGUAUAUACUAGAUUGAUUUUUUUUGUAAAUAUAUUUAAAUAUUAAUUUGUAUUUAUGUUUUGUAAAUUAACACAUACAUUUUCUAUAUAUUUUUUGUUUGAUAAUUAUAUAUAUGCCAGCAGUCUUUGUUCAGAAAACUUUAAAAAUUAUGAGAAUUACAUGAAAAAAUAUUAAAUUAUUAUCUAGUAGAUAAGUACAACUUUCUGAUGGACGUUUACAAAUUUAUAUAUAUAAGAUUAUACACUUCUUUAACAAAUUUACAACUUUUAUUCAAUAUAUAUUACUAAUAAAACUUCAGUGUCAAAUGAAAAAUAUUUUGGCACUUAUUAAGUAGUGAUGUUAAUGUUAGGCACCUUUAAAACAUUUAUUUGUUGUUUUUUUUAUUCGUAUUUGGUAGUUUACUUUUAUAAUAGUGUGUAUUUUGUUUUCAGCAUGAAGAGUUAAAAUAAACUUGUAUAUUACACCUGAAUACACUUAUAAAUGUACUGUCGUUGAAAUGCAAUUAUUUAGACUACAUUAUGUUGUGAAAAAUAAAAAGUGAAAAUAAAAUUUAAAGUACUUGU